ACAUUUCCUUUUGAUAAUUAUCAAGCCAACCAAUUUAAGGAUACACUACUUCGGUUUUGGAAAUAUGUUGAAGAAGAAGCACCUGAACUUUCUAGUACAAAUCAAAUGAUCGAAGAAACUAAUAGUUCUGAUAAAGAAAUAGAACCUGAGCCUAUUUUAGAUAAAUUAGAUUGUACUCGAGUUGUUAAUGAGUGGUUUAUGAAGUUAGAUAAUGAAGUAUACAAAGCAAAAGACUACGAUUUAGAUAAUACUGAAAUUUUACACCCUGCAGAAGACCCUCAAGCAAAAUGGAACCUAAAUACUCUUUUUUCAUCAACUUUGUUGAAUUUGUCAA